AUGGCGUUCUUGGCGUCGGGACGCUACCUGACCCAUCAGCAAAAGGUGUUGCGGCUUUAUAAGCGGGCGCUACGCCACCUCGAGUCGUGGUGCGUCCAGAGAGACAAAUACCGAUACUUUGCUUGUUUGAUGAGAGCCCGGUUUGAAGAACAUAAGAAUGAAAAGGAUAUGGCGAAGGCCACCCAGCUGUUGAAGGAGGCUGAGGAAGAAUUCUGGUACCGUCAGCAUCCACAGCCAUACAUCUUCCCUGACUCUCCUGGGGGCACGUCCUAUGAGAGAUACGAUUGCUACAAGGUCCCAGAAUGGUGCUUAGAUGACUGGCAUCCUUCUGAGAAGGCAAUGUAUCCUGAUUACUUUGCCAAGAGAGAACAGUGGAAGAAACUGCGGAGGGAAAGCUGGGAACGAGAGGUUAAGCAGCUGCAGGAGGAAACGCCACCUGGUGGUCCUUUAACUGAAGCUUUGCCCCCUGCCCGAAAGGAAGGUGAUUUGCCCCCACUGUGGUGGUAUAUUGUGACCAGACCCCGGGAGCGGCCCAUGUAG